AUGUUCAACCCCUCGCCUCGUGGUAGCAGAGACGACCCGUCUGCAUUUGCUUCAUACGUGUCUACGCAGCGCGGCGCGGCGGAGCUGCUUGCUGCCCGCGCUGAGGGGCCUAGUCUUCCUCCGCCCUCCGCUGAGAAUGCGUGCACACGGGAAGAAACGACGGAAAUGAAGGGGAGCGCAUCAAGUGGCGAACUGCGGCCGUUCCAGCAGGAAACACUCUUCGAGGUUGCGGAUGUCUGGCAUGAUGCGUCGUCCCCCAUGAAUAUCCCCCAGCACCUGCACUCGUCGCCGCCGUUUGCCAUGUACGCAUGGCAAACGGAGAUUUUGCAGCGGGAGGAGUCACUUGUGCGGCGUGAAGUGGAGGCCUUUGCGCAGGGAGAGAGGCUUGCGCAACGAGAGGAGCAGCUGCGCCACCUGCAGGAGCAUCUUGCCACGAAGGUGGCGGCCGACGCCAAGCGAAGACAGCUGCAUGAAGCGAAGUGCGCGUUGGAACGACGGGAGCAUGAGGUGGCACAAAAACUUGCCGUCGCACGGGAGGAAAAGGAUAAUCUUGAUGCGCGUGCUGCAGAGCUUGACAUUCGCGAGCGGAGACUAGAGGAGGAGCAGGAGUGUCUGUUGAACGACGCCCAGAGGCAGGUGGAUCUUAUCCAUAGCAGUGCGCGCGUGCUGCAAGAAAAGGAGGCCACCGUGGCACAGCGUGAGGAGAGCUGUUCUCGGCACGAGGCCGAGCUGAUGCUGCAGCGUGAGUGCCUUAUCGGUUGGGAGGUCUCGCUGAGCCGCCAGCAACGCCAAUUGGACGCUCAGCUCGCGUCAGUGGUGGAUAAACUUGCUGCUGCUGAGAAAAUCGUGUUGCGUGAGAACAAUGUGCAAGAACUGGAACUGCGCCUUUGCGAGCGCGAAGCGUUGCUGUGGGAGACAGCAGCAAAGAAGCUGCCAGGCAGCCGAGAAGACCUGAAGGGUCUGAUCGCGUCUCUCAGAAGGCUUCAGGACAAACUUUUUAGCUGCGAGUUCAAGAGGCAUACAAGUUCUGAAGUGUUGUAG